CUAUAAGUGACGAGAACGUCAAAUCUGAAACCCCCCACCCGUCCGGUCCGCACUACAGAAAAAUAACCCGCGCCGCCGGCCGAGACGAUCGAGGCCGAGGGAGCCGCCGCCAUGGAGCAGCUGCUAGAUAGCUUUCCGCAGCCCGCGGUGUACGACGCCCUAUCCCUCCUGGAGCAGGUCAAAGCAUGCUUCGCGCCCGAUCUGGACGUCACCGCGGAGUUUCUCGACCUCUUCGCGCGCUUCAGCAGGCGCGAGAUCGUCGACAUCCCCGCCGUCGUGGCCAGGGCGUACGCGCUCCUCCACGGCCAUCCCGAUCUCAUCCAGCGUUUCGACACCUACAACCCCUUUCUCCGCCGUCCUGCUCAGCACGAAGCCGAGCCCGUCCGCGAUGAUGAUCCGCCCAAGCGGCCCAAGAGGGAGCGCCGCCACCCGGCGGCCGCCUCCGUCGACGCCGACUGUGCCGGGGCCAUGCGGUUCCUCGAGCGGGUGAAGCUGGCGGACGCCGGGCUCUACGACAGGGUCCUCGCGCUGCUCUUCAACGUUAGGUCGGAGGUCAAGCUCGACGCGAAUCAAAUCUACGACGAGGCCCGGAGGAUUUUCGGGUCGGCGCACGGCCAUCUCCUCCGCGGUUUCACGGAGUACCUUCCGACGGGGCGUGACUUUCUGAGGCGUCGCCCCAAGAAGGAGCCGCCGGAAGAGCACCGUGCUCCUGCACCCAAGCGCAAGGCCCCCGCUGCCGGAACGGCCACGAUCCGAGUCGAUGCCGCGUGCAAGAAGAAACCCCGCGUCGACGAACGGAAGACGACCAACCAACGCGCCUCCUCGGCCGUUGAUGCCCCGAAGAGCGGCGACAAAUUCUCCAAGUUUAGGGAGGCGUGGGAGUUUGAGACCGCGUACACCAAGCUGGUGGUCACCAUGAGACGCACCAAGAAAGCACUACAAGAACUCAAGCCAAAGAAGAAAUCACGGGAGGAAGCCGAGCCGGCGAAGGAACCGCCGGAAGAAAUCAAGCCGUCGCCGGGCGACCACGCGCGGCCGCGUACGUUCGAGGAACUCUACCCCAGCCGCGAGUGCCGGGAGGUUAUCCAGGAGAUGUACGGCGAGAUGUUGGCGCCGAUGCGGGAGGCGCUCGAGGACGGCGCGCGCACAGAGCUGGCUCUGAAGACGAUCAAGCGCAGGCUGAAGAAGCUGGAGGAGGUGGCCGUGAAGAUCGCGAGGGAGCGGCGUGAUCCCGCCCGCGUUGAGCGCCGGAUGGCAGAGCUUGCCAUAGAUCGAGUGGCGCUUCUUCGGGGUCGGGCGGAAAGAGCAGCGGCACUCAAUCGUGAUGGCCCGUGCGAGAGCCCGGCCGGCAUGUCCGAGACCAAGAUUGCUGUGGACCAAGAUUGCCGGUGAGCAGUGUGGCGUGAUGUAGCUUCGGGGAAUCGAUGCUCUUAUGUGUUGAAGAGAUUCAUUGAGUGGAUAGAGGUGUGUGCCAAGAUAACAAAAAAAAUGAGUGCUCCAAAAUUCGUUUUUUUAAGUUCAGAUUUUUUUUUUUGCACAUUCCUCUACGGAUGUCUUUUCAAGGUGAAUUUUUGCACGAUGUUAGUUGAAGUUCAUCCAAAAAAUAUAUCAUCUUUUA